UCAAAAACAUCAAACUGUAAACGAAACAAAUUUGCAUGUAAUUGGAAAAUGCCUAUCUUUCAAGUUCUGCAUCUUGUUAUUUUAAUUUUUGCUUUUAUCGUAAAUGGCAACGAACUUGAAUUUUGUGAAGUAUCGGACAAAUAUGCUGGAAAUUCGAAAAAAUGUUCUAUUCAAAACAACUUUUCGCAAAAACGUUAUAUCCUUUAUGACAUAAAUCCUCCAGAAGGUUUUAAUCUGAGAAGAGAUGUAUAUAUUCGUCUUGCCGUUUUUAUUAAAAAAUUAAUUGAAAGAGAUAAGAAAUAUCAGUGGCAACUAGUUUUACCACCAUGGGGUAAUUUAUAUCAUUGGCGACAUCAGAAUAUGGGAUUUCAAGAAUAUCUAUUCUGGGGUAACUUUUUUGAUAUAACGAGCCUACAACGGUAUAUACCUGUUAUUGAAAUGUACAAAUUUAUAGAAGAGUAUUCAUCUGGAAGCAAAGAAAUACAACUCGAUAGUGUAUAUAUUUUACAAAAUGAUGAAGAAAUGUUUAAGACGGGUAAAUUUGAAGAUAAGAAUGAAGUGAGUGAAUGUACUGGUGAUUCUUUAAAAUACUAUAAAUUAAAACACCAUACAUACACUGGUCCAUUUUGGGGCUAUCAUAAUAUUACAACUCAGAAUGUCAAAUGUCUCAAGUUUCAUGGUACAGCAUCCUAUCUUUAUCAGAAUCUCAAACCAACACAAUACAAAUCAAUAAUGUUUGAUCAUAUGGAAAUUGCUCUGCAUGAUGAAUAUGGCUCUAAAGAAUAUUGGAAAGCCAGACGCAGCAUGCGCUAUAAUUCUGAACUGUAUAAUAUCGCGAAAAAUUAUAGAAAAACUUAUCUGAAUUCUACAGAUGAGAAUGACAAUACAGAUCGACCUGCAGAUUGGACUAAAGAAAAGAGGCAGCGGAAUGCAAGGGGCGGUCCAUUUUUAGCAGUUCAUCUUAGAAGACGCGAUUUUAUUAUAAGUUACAAGGCGUCAAUACCAACAAUAAAUGACGCUGCUUCUCAAUUACGAGAUAAAAUGGAUGAACUUGGACUAACAGUGUUGUUUGUUGCAACAGAUGGGGAGGCACAUGAAUUUGAAGAACUUAAGUCGUAUUUACCUCAAUACAAAGUCUUGAAAUUUACACCGUCUGAUUAUGUAAUGAAUAAAUUUAAAGACGGUGGAAUCGCCAUUAUCGAUCAGAUAAUUUGUUCAUAUGCCAGAUAUUUCAUAGGUACGCCUGAAUCAACAUUUACAUUCAGAAUACAAGAAGAUAGAGAGAUUAUUGGUUUUUUACCUGAAACUACAUUUAAUCAAUUAUGUAAGACUAAUAAGAAAUGUGCAACAACUGGGCAAUGGAAGAUUGUCUGGUGAAAUAUUAGCAAAUAAUUUGAAUUUUUUUGUGCAUACAAUAAAAUUCAACAAUUUUUGCAUUGAA